AUCGUUGGUGUCAGUGGGGGGAGGAAUAGUGCCCCAUCGUUGGUGUCAGUUGGGGGGAGGAAUAGUGCCCCAUCGUUGGUGUCAGUGGGGGGAGGAAUAGUGCCCCAUCAUUGGUGUCAGUGUGGGAGGAAUAGUGCCCCAUCGUUGGUGUCAGUGGGGGGAGGAAUAGUGCCCCAUCGUUGGUGUCAGUGGGGGGAGGAAUAGUGCCCCAUCAUUGGUGUCAGUUGGGGGGAGGAAUAGUGCCCCAUCGUUGGUGUCAGUGGGGGGAGGAAUAGUGCCCCAU